GUUCGAAUCACACGCGGUUACAGCGGGGCGUAAGACGUGAAUCGAAACCACAGCAGACCGUUCUCUCUUGGUGUGCGUGUUUGAUUCCCCAAUGGAGGCCAUUCACUCGAUCAAGGUAAACGGCCGUGCGUGCUGCGCCGUCGGAGAUGAAGUCUGGGUGGCGAAGCAGUCGGGCGGCAUCGCCGUCUUCGCCGCGCGCAGCGGUAAUUUCCUUCUCGACAUCGAGGUGAAGGGCAGCGACGCGGAACGGGCGCAGGUCACUCACGUGGUGGCCGUCUUUGACGAGGUCUGGGUGGCCACCGCUCACGGCGACGUGCACUUCUACAACGCGGCGCGCCACCGCUGCGACGACACGCUGCACCUUCCCGGGGCGGAGAAGAAGGUGCCGGUGGUGGCGCUGUGCAUGAGUGAGGACGUCGUCGCCAUCGCGACGGGGAGCGGGUCCGUGUACGUGCACCAUCCAACUUCCCACAAGCGCCUCGCCACGCUCUCCACCGCCGCUGCUCCCUGUACGGCGGCGGCACCGCUUUGCCGCUUCGUGGUGGGCGGGGAUGCAAAGGGCGGCCUCUACGUCUGGAACCCGCGCAGCGGGGCGUGUCUCUUCUACCACGGCGCGAGCACGAGCGAGGUGGUGGCCCUGCUGCACGAGCCUGCCACGGGAACCGUGUGGGUGUCACGUACAAACGAAAAUAUCGACGUCUACGCACUUGGCGCGGAGGGGCUGACGCUGCAGCGGCGCGUCAGCGGACUGGGCAAGGUGACGAGCAUGACCGCCGUCUCCGCCACGGUGCUCGCGACGACGUUCACGAAGCGCGUGGUGCAGAUCGACGCGGCCACGGCAAGGGUGCUGGCGCCGCAAAGGCCGCUCCCGUCGCCGCACACGUCGUUUAUUCACGGCUGCUGCAGGACGAUGCGGCAGGAGGUGGCCGAGGUGUGGACGAUCGGCAACGACGGCGCCGCUCAGGUGUGGCGUGUGACUGGCAAACAGGUGCCGGCGGUACCCGUGCCCACCUUAUCCCCCGCUGCUCAGGCGGCGCUGACCACUUCUGCGUCGGCGUCCGCCACGCUGGCGGAAAACGAGCUGCGGGUGGAGGUGCAGACGGAGCGGCAGCGCCGCAUCGACAUGGUGGAGGACCUGCGCAAGUCGCGGGAGGAGGCCCAGGAGCUGCGCCUGCGCUUGGUCAAGAAGGAGGAGAGCUGGCGCGUGGUGGAGGCGGAGCUCGCCGCGGAGAGGAAGCUGCGAAAGGAGCUGGAGGAGCGCAACGCGAAGCUGACCAAAGAUGUGACGGACAUCACGUCGAAGGUGAGCGCGGUGGAGCGGGAGCGCAGCACACUUCAGAGCGAAGUGACACAACUCAAAACGGACGUCUCAAACGCCAACGCGAGCGUCAACACGAAGCAGACGGAGAAGGCAGCCGCCGAGCAGCAGCUGUCGCAGGAGAAGACGAACAAGAGUACACUGGAGCAGCGCCUCUGCGAUACGGAGGCGAAGCUGACGGCCCUGCAGUCCGAGCACCGCCGCCUGUGCGAGUCCACCGGCACCGCCGUAAAAGCGCCUUUGAUGAGCAAGGAGGCGCAAGAGAACUUGAUGAAGAACAGCGCCACGCUCGUCCGCGACCUCGAGCAGGCACGCAGGAUGAAUCAACUGAUGAGCUCCGCGAUGGCCUCGAUGGAGUACACGAUACGCCGCCGCGAGGAGGAAGACAAGGACCUGACGGCACUGCUGAACGCGUACCGUCGCCGUGUCGCGGACCGCCUCAGCGACGCUCACUUGUCUGAGCUGUUGUUGGCUACCAUCGUGCGCAACGCCCCUCGCUUCGACCUGGAGUGCGACGCCUUCACGAAGGCGCAACUGAUGGACCGCAACGGCCCGUUUUUGCAGUUUAUUCAGUCUCUCCGCCUCACCGACCCGGAGGCCUACGAGAAGCUCAUACAGUACCUGCAGAACCCCUCCGCAGUGGAGAACAUGAACGCAGACGCCCAGGAGCUGCUGGACCGCUUUGUGGCGCUGGCGGCGAAGGACGGCGAGGUCGCAGGGGAGGAUAUCGUGUCGUUCAAGCGAAGCAUCCCCGGUCUGGUGGAUGGCGCGAGCGCCAUGAGCGCCACCGCCGCCGCUGCUGCCAACGCGGCAGGCGCGGCGGGCACAACACCGAGCAGUCUGGCUACCUUGUUGCAAAACAACUUGUUCAGCAACGCGAAGACCGGCGCUGGCGAGGGCGGAGCUCUGAACAGCACCGCCGACGGUGGCCUCAGCAGACAGGACCAGGCGGUGGUGAACAGCGCCGUCAUUCGCGAGUUGCGCGGCCAGCACUCGACCGACGAGAGCUACAUCCGCGAGCAGCAGGCCAUGUUUGAGUUCAUCCUCAAAACACGCCGCCUGCUUGUGGAGAGUCUGGCGCUGCUUCACAAGCGCACGGUAGGCGCGCGUCAAGUGGUGGAGGCGCUGUGUGUGAACACCGCUGCAGUGAGCCCGUCUGUGUCGAACGUGCCCACGCCGCGCAAGUCGCAGCAGCCUCUGCAGAAAAUAUUCAGCGGCAUCAUCUGCGAAUUGGACAGCCUCGCGACGGAGGUGGUGCAGUGCUACCUGACCUCUGCGGAGAAGCUGCGCCUCGGCAUCGCAUCGUGA